CAGGGUGCUUAAGUUGUAUCCUAAAGGCGACAACAGUACAUGUUCCACAUGGUUGUCCCUCUUUCUCCAUUUAGCCGAUAGUGAAACUAAAACAAUGACGACAGGUGAGGAGAUUUACACGCAGUGCGAUAUGCGAAUUCUCGACCCGUUUGGAUCCCACCACGUGACAUUGAAGCGUAAGUCAGAACGUUGUUUUAGUUACCAGUUAAUGAGACUAUAUGCUAUGUGAUAUAUAUUCAUUAGAGAUUACAUUUUUGUAUAUUGCAGUUAACCAGUGGCACAAGAACACCUCAGGUUGGGGAUGGUCUGAAUUUGUGUCUUUAGCUAAACUUGAAGAGGCUUACUUGGACAAACAAGGCUCUCUGAAAGUGGAGAUCGAAUUUGAAGUUGUUUCUAACAUCACAUACUCUCCAUGAAGAUCUAAACACACACACACCAUUUAGCUCAUUCAUUAAAUCAGUAAUUCAACUUAUUUUAUGUUUUGUUUAUUGGGAUUCUUAUCUUUGAUUAUUCGGAAGAAAUAUUUGACUGUUGCUAUUUAGCUUUUGGCUUUUUAUUUUAUUUUUUAAUAUCAUCAAAAAGACAUCUUGUUUUAUUGAGUGAAUUCGGUUGCAUUACUUUGUUCAUGUUUCGGUUUACUAUGGUCAUUGAUUUUUUAUUAUGGUUUGUUCAAAAUCAGAACCGGUUCAAUCAACGACAGCUGAACAAAUUAAAACAAAAAAAAAUCACAAUUUAUAUACACUUAUAUAUAUUUCUCUCUCCCCUUGCUUCACUAUUUUCUCACUUCCUUAAAGCUCCAAAAAUCUCCAAAACAAUGGCGGUUCCGGUUGUUGAUCUCCCGAACAACUCUGAUUCAUCAUCCGAUGAAGACUUCAGCGACUCCGAAGUAUCUUAUGACGAAUCCAUGGAAGACGAACCGUCGGAGUCGGAAAUCACCACUGCAAAAGAAACAGAGACGAAACGUAGCGAAGAGGAGGAGGAGGAGGAGGAGUUUUGGAUCCGUUAUCCUUAUUUGAAGAGUUUUCUGAGCACAAGCGUAGCUCAAGGUUUGAUUCCAGAGUACUAUGUUUAUGAGAGAGCCAAGCUUAUCGGAGAAGAGAAGGCCAAGGAGCUGAAUGAAAGAGGCGAGGCUUUGUUUCUCAAGGAACUCGAAGCGUGCAAGGACAAGUGUGAGCUCGUUGCGUCUGCCAUCCUCGCUAUGAAGUCCGUUAAAUGAUUUUCUUGGAAACUUUUGUUUAUGAUGAUAGUAGCGUCUUGGAUUGCUUUUGUUCUAUGAUGAAAUCGUUUUCGUUUUGUGUUCAAACUCCAUUAAUGUAGCUUUCUAGUA